AUGUGGUUGGAAUUGAUAAACAAAAGUCGGAGUAAAUUCAGUGCUAUGCGAAUUUUAAGUUGUUUUAUCAGUGCGAGUCAAAAAACUAGUUUCGUUUUAGUGUAUGCGGGUCUUAUUGUGUUUAUUGUGCCAUCAGUAUUGUGCAAAACAGGUUACCCCAACCAUUUAUCAUACGACAAGAUAUACAACAACUCCCACUACGCACAGCUACAGGUUCUCAGCAGGCCAUAUCCUCAGAUCCCAAAUAACUAUUAUAGGAAUAGCUAUAGCAAUAGAGACAGCUUUAAUGUGAAUAGGGAUAGCAAUCACAACAAUGACACUGAUGCUAACGAGAUUGAUAGCACGAGAUAUCAGGAUGAUAAGGAUGCCCCGCUGCUGGUCGGGUUUGCAAGAGAUCCUUUUAGAUAUUCGAUCCCUGAAGAAGAUUAUUUUAAAGGAGUCAGGAACAUAGACCCUCAAGUGUACAUGAAUAAGAAUGAGAACCGCGGCAAGCGAGGCGUAUUCCACCUCUACAACAUGAUGUACUGCGCCACUGGGUGUGAUCCGCUCGCUUAUAAGGGCUAUGGGUGCUACUGCGGAUUCCUGGGUUCGGGGAGACCUACUGAUGGGAUUGACAGAUGCUGCAAGCUCCACGACGAAUGCUAUGAGAACAUCUACUGUCCGUUCUACACGGUGUACCUGCAGCCUUACUACUGGAAGUGCUACCGCGGCCAGCCGCUGUGCGCGCUCGAGAACUUCGAUACGCAGCACCAGCUGAUCAACGGCUGUGCUGGCAGGCUGUGCGAGUGUGAUCGUCAAUUCGCGAUGUGUGUCAGAAGAUACCGUUGUCCGCGGAAGCGUGCUUUAUGCCGCUCCUCGCCAAUACGACUGCUGCAGAACUUACUCAUGUUUAGAUGACAACAUGAAGCCAAGUUACCUCAUACAACCUUGGACUUUGGAGUAUUAUUGGCAAAUACUGAAGUGUUUGUUUAGCACUUAAAGAUACUUGAAAAUUAUGUCAAAUGUUUGCCUUUUAUUUAUAGACACAAAGUACCCAAGUACUAGAGAUACACCUUUGAUAUAAAAGCGACUGUGUUACAAAGAAAUAAAGUUGAAUUUAGUGAUCCUUUGCUAGAAAGACGUGAGGUGUACUGUACUUGGGCUCAGUGAGAAAAGCUCUUGAAUAUUAUUGAUGAGCUAAAUGUCAGUACCUACUUACUGUAUAGUUACCAAUUCAUUCCUAUGGAAUGUUUAUCUAAUCAUAAACUAUUGUAAAUUGUGAAUAAAAUAUAUUUAAA